GGGAUUAAUAAAUUUACGCGACAAGGACAUCUCAAAUCUACCUGGUACAACCCUAACCUACAUAUAGGUAGGUCAAUUCAAUGUUGUCAACAUAUGUACCUAACCUAGUACUAUGCACUUUUUCAUAUCAUCAACUCUAGUCUCUAGCACAUAACCCCUACACAACCUCAAGCAAACGAUCCCGAAACUUCCAAGCAUUCACCUCAAUCUCCAGUCCGCUAACUAUUUCGAUCGACAUAUCUGCUACCAUGUCUUGGGACUCCAAGUCCACUGUUAGGCGGCGUCAGAAUAGCACGGCAAGCUCUUCUAGAGCAUUACCUCUCCAUAUGCGAAAGCAGUCAAAACUACCACCACAACCUCGUUCCCCUCACGUUACCGACCCAUUUCUACAGAGCUUUCUUGCUCCGUCAUUUGACCCCACCGAAUACCUCAAUUCAACACUUCCACCGCUUCAGACUUCAACACAUUCCUCCUCAGCUCCAUUGGCAGAUCUGUCUGCUCACGCUCAGACCCAGAUUUCUCUACUGAAUGCCCACACAACAAGGCUAAUUGGUACGCUUAUUCAAUUGACGGAUGAUAUAUUACGAAGUGGGAGCCGUCUAGCAUACGAGGUCGAACUACUACGCGGCGAAACCCUAAGUUUAUCGGAGACCCUAUCGGAUGGUUUACACGAAGACGUUGCCAAGUUCAUCCCGAAUGGUAUACAGGAGACCAGAGAGACCAGGGCGGCCGGAGCCAGUCAAGCUAGUCACAGACGUGCAUCAGAGCCGACACCUCCCACGAACCUAGACUCCAUUCCACAGGAUGGCAACGACCAAGAUCCCUUGUAUAUAACCCAAUUACAAACCCUAACCUUGGUACGCUCGCGACUCGAUACCGUUGUCAAGACCUUUGGUGAAGCUAUGGAAUUUGUGUUUCCGCCCUCCGAGCUCUCGGUAAGCUCAUCAUUCCUAUCUGUCUCAGCGCCAGAGCCUGGGGUAGAAGCACAUAGUACGGAAGAGAAAGGACAGCAAGUGUUGAAGAAACUUAAAGAUGAGAUCUCGGGCUUGCUCGCCAAAGACAGCGAUCCGGUGGAAGGGAUCGAAAAGGCAGCUCGUCGUAUAGAAGAGCUAAAGGAGUUGACGAAGGUGUGGAAGGGAACGGCGGAAGAGAAAGGAAGGACAAAAUUCAUUGAUAGCCUGGCUAAAAUGGUUGAGGAUCGGCAUAAGGAGCUAUUGCGGGAGAUGGAACAGGCCGGACGUCGGGAUGGGAAAACAGACUUGGAUAGUAAUGCUAGGAAAGCUGCCACCAACUCGAAUGAAGGAGGUACGGAGAACAAACCACUAUAUGGCUUAAUGAGCCAGUUACAGAGGCUCCGGGCGGGCCUAUAAUGAUUCAACCGACCUGAAAUCCAAACUUAUAGGAGUUCUUUGACUGUGAUUUGUAUAGUGAAAUGUAUGUGUCAUAUGUGCCAAACGACUGACCAGGUGGCUUUUCGAUAGUAUGG